AUAAAUUUAUUUUCAGUUUUUGAUCCUUGUUCAUCAAUUUAUAAUUUUUCAUUAAAUUGAAUAAGAACAUUUUUGAUUUUUUUAUUAAUACCAAUAUCUUAUUGAAUUAUUCCUUCUCGAAUUUCUUUUAUAAUGCAAACAAUUUUUCAAGUUUUACAUAAAGAAUUUAAAAUUUUAUUAGGUGUUAAUUCAUUUAAUGGGUCAACAUUUUUAUUUAUUAAUUUAUUUGUGUUUAUUUUUUUUAAUAAUUUUUUAGGGUUAUUUCCUUAUAUUUUUACUUCUUCUAGACAUUUAGUAUUUACAUUGACUUUAAGAUUACCUUUAUGAAUUAGUUUUAUAUUAUAUGGGUGAAUUAAUAAUACUCAACAUAUAUUUUGUCAUUUAGUACCUCAAGGUACACCUAGAUUAUUAAUACCUUUUAUAGUAUGUAUUGAAACAAUUAGAAAUUUUAUUCGCCCAGGUACUUUAGCUGUCCGGUUAACUGCUAAUAUAAUUGCUGGACAUUUAUUAAUAACUUUAUUAGGAAAUACAGGAGUAUCAAUAAGAACUAUAUUUGUAAGAAUUUUAAUUAUUGUGCAAAUUUUAUUAUUAACUUUAGAAUCAGCAGUAUCAAUUAUUCAAGCUUAUGUAUUUGCUGUAUUAACAACUUUAUAUGCUAGAGAAAUUAAUUAA